AUGACUGUCAUCACGAAAGCGAUCACCGAGAAGAAGGCGUCCGACAAAAUGGAGCAGCCAUUGUUUGUUGAGGAAAAUGCGACGGAUGGCUCAAAAGCUGAUCCGGAGGCAGCACGUCCAAAAGGCGAUCCAACUGGUCAUUAUUUCGUUUCCAAGAGAAGCAUCCACCGUAUACAUGUAACAGCAACAUUUUUGCUCUUUCUCGUCGCACUGAUGAUAUUGAUUAUUGGGGUGAUCGGGGGACUUUAUAUUUACAAACAAUAUGCAAGAACUCAGAUGCGCAGAUUCCGUACCGGUUGGUACAGCAUUCCAUAUGACAGCUCAAACAAGGCAUCUUAUGGCAGUAAUGGAGUUCAUCAGGGACUGUUGGCUGACUCUGAUCUGUUCACCAAAAGUCUCACCAGAGCUAUGGAGGAUGCAGUGGAUAUUACAAGACGCAUAGAUCACGAUAUUAAUAAUUUCUUCAAAGAGAGAUUUGAAAUUGAUCUUGAGAAUGAGCGUUAUGAGAAAAUUGAUGUGCCUGAUUUCCGCGGUGGACGUCAAGGACGUUUUAUACACGAUUUUAACAUUAAUAAAACAGGUAUCAUAGAUAUUGAUGGCCAUUGUUGCUUUGUCAUGCCAUUGAAUCGUCAACGUGUAUUGCCACCUCGUAAUAUGUAUGAUCUCCUUAGAAAGAUGUACAAUGGUUAUUACGAAGUGGAUACUGCAAUCGUGCGUGAAACUAUGAAAGUAGUCACACCACCAAUCACUGACAUGUCAGUCGUUGGAACAUAUAUAGCACGAGAAUGCCAAGACUUGCCUAUUUAUAUGCUAAAGAAAGUGGAUCCUUCUAGUGUUGUAAAACGCAGCGUGUCGAGCGGAGUAUUCGGCCAAUUCGCCGGUAACAGUAUCAUGGAGGUUGAUAUUGUAAAUCUAGAUGAUUUUGAAUGAAGCUAUUGAAAGCAAUCGAGAGAAAAUUUUCAAUUAUUCUAGAAUAUUAACCAUCAGUAGCUCAAUGUAUAAAAGUUAUAUGCUGUCCAGAGCAAACUUAGGUAUAUUCCCACACUUAUCAAGACCUUUACAUUAUGUCUUUCCAUUAUAUUUUUUAUUAGCUCUAGAUCACAAAAUUAUAUAAUGCGAUUAAGUCCGCGGUUUGUUAUUAAUUAGUUAUUAGAAAUAUUUAAUGCAUCAUGAGGGAGUCCUUUAUAAUAUAAUAAGAAAUUAAACAUGAAUAAGAGAUUGUGAAUCGUUCCAAAUAUGCACAAGAAGCUUGAGUAAAAAAAUGUAUUUGUAUAAAAUGGAAUAUCAUUUGCAAAAUGAUUCUUAUAGGGAAAUUAAUAUUUCUUCCAUAUUUCCCAAAAUAUACUCAGACAUAUAGCAAGCGCAAUGUUAGUUAAACUAUAAUGAUGAAAUGUUUUGCUGCUAUUAUAUGGGUUCUGAUAUACACAGCUUCUUGACAUUAAUAGUAAAAUAAUCAUAAGUUGUUGCGCUUACAAGUGCAAAUCUAUUAUAUAUUAUUAUUAAUAUAUUAUAAAUGUAUUUAUUUGUGAAUUAUUAAAAAAAUUUAUCUUUUGUAUUAGGGGCACAAUGCCUGAUGAGUUCGAAAUACGCAGUACACAAACUGCUAGUAUCAGAAUUGAAAUAUCUUUUCAGUAUGUGUUUCGAUGAGAAGAACAUAUUGUUUUUAUUAUUGUAAUUAAUAUGUAAAACACGUUACACAUUUAUAAGAUAUAUUACUGAGACUAUAUAAAUAUUUUUACAAAAUGUUUGGAUUGAAAAAUAAUAGAAAUUACAAAGCACUGAUUCAAGAGGAAUCUUAGUAUUCAGACAUUCCUUAGGACUUGUUUAUCUAUUCUGCAUUUCUGCAUAGAGAGAAGUUAUAUGUGUUUCAAUAUAAAUAUUAAUAAUAUAAUAUUGUAUUUUAAAUAUAUGUUUUAUGUACCAGUUUUUAUUGCCAAUUUAUGAAAACCGGAAUUGAAGAACCAAAACUGAGAUAAGAAUGUAUUGUGAUUGAGUGCAGUUUUUUCAUUAGCCUAUUUUGAUGCAUUAUUUCAUAAAAAAUAGUUUCCAUUUUUUUUAAUUUUAUUACGCAUAUAUAAUUUUCAAUUUUAGCAGACAUAUCCAGAUAUACGUAUCUUGGAUAUUUUUUACUCAUUAGUUUUUUAAAUACAACAUGCUAUAGAUAUUAAUAUAUGUUUUGAAAUAUAUCCCCAAAUUUUUUCCAAUGCAAGAUGCUUUAUAAUAAAAAAAAAGACUUAGCGAAUAAAAUUUGAGAUAAUUCAAGAUUUUGGGGUAGCAUAUUAGAAAGAAAAAAGUGAUGUUUUAUUAUUACAAAUUAAUAUCUACACACAGAUAUCAUAAAAUUAAAAUGGCGUAAAAAAAGACGCAUUAUUGUGCAGGAUAAUUUUUGUGUGUAAAAAUUAUUGAAAUAGAUAUAUUAAAGAAUAAUUACAAUUAUAAUAUGUAAUUCGAAUAAAAUACUGUGUCGUAUCUCUCAAAUAAAAUAAAAAAUUAAACAAUCCAUCUUCAUGUAAAAUUAAUUAAAUAAUUUUUCUUUUAUAAACGAAUCAAGAUAAUGGAAAUAUACACAUCAUCAUGGAUUGAGUGUCUGAACAUUUAUAACCCAUUUUAUAUUAGUUUCAUGUUUGCUUAUAUUAUUAAUUCCAAGGAUGCUUGUAUUAUCAAUCCUGAUACAAAUACAAACACGUGAAUAUACAUAUAUGCGGAAUGUACAUGGCGUUUUAAAUAUUCGUAGGUAUGUGUAGAUAUGUAGUCACAAUCAUUGGUGGCAAUAAAUAUAUUAGUUAGUUCUACUACCUUUAGAUAAGAAUGGAAAUGCGAAGUAUAUCAUUAUUGUGAAACUGCUUCCAUUAAUUCUAUGAUACAAUGCAUAAUCUUGUCUGUGGACAUGCAUUUAAACUUUUUAGAAGUGUUAUGAUUUUAUUUUUAAGUUUUGUGUGAUUGUAAUUAAGUUCCUUCUAUUUUGAUUACUUGUCUAAUCAUCGAGUUUGUGUGUGUGAAUUCUUUUAUUCUUAUAUUAAAAACCAAAUUUUUGUAAAAUUGUGCACAGAUUAAUUGUAAAAUCCGAUAAAGAAUAAAUCAUGUAUUACAUACGGA